GUAGCUUGGUGAAGAAGGGAUAGAUACUACUGACGACAACUUGGACGAAUGGGACGACUUUCCUUCGGAACGUGAAGACGUCGUGUAGCUCGCGGUGCUGUUGCCGCUGCUUGGAGCACCAACCACAUACCUGCUCUUGCUGCUGCUCUCCAUGAUCUGGGCACAGGCGAUUUCCACGGCACCUGACGUCGAAAAUGUGGCGAGGCACCCGAGCAGAAGGUGGUUUUGCACUGUGCCAAUUCAAGGCCCGCCGUUUCUUUCCUCUUAAUACGGCAACGACAGCAGGAUACGGAGGCAGCCAUGCACAUGGUCUUGUUCUUGCCGAAGCUCCAGCGUCGCGCAUGCCAAACCCGGAUUGGGAGCACCGUGGCGCCGUGCCUCUUCUCCAUCUUCCACGUCAGCUUUCUUAUCUGACCUCAGUACACGUACCUCAACGGCGACAUGAACGCAUCGGCCAUGACCGGCACCGCCAGCAAACGGAUUAUGUCACCUACUGAAUCGAUGAGGCCUGUUUUUCAAACGACAAUGAUAUUCGGAACGAGUUGUCGAAAGAGCCCGCAAGUGGAGAGAUCACCACGGACGCGGUCGGAUAAAUGGUUUAUCAGUAGGAAGUCGACGGAGUGCAAAAGUGGUAACUGGCACGUUCACCGUCAUGGACGUAUGAUGUCUUGAUACGCAUUUCCUCCAAUGUUGGGUUAAUUACAUCGUCCAUCAUGUCGUCCGGAAACGCUUCCGACUGAGAGAAUUGCUGGAAGUUUGUGCAGAGUGAUAUCUGGUGAACGCAUGAGUAUUCCCUUUAAUCUAUAUAUAUUUCCCAAAACAACGCGAAAUAGCA